AUGGGCAACAGCACCUCCUCGGGUCGCGGCCACCAUGAGGAGACCGUCGACUUUGGCCACCUCACACCGCAGGGGGUCUACACCGGCUCGCGCGACUGGAACCAGUCCGUAGUCGCACAACUCAUAUGCGAGCGCAGGCUCGCCCCGUUCUACCGACCGCUCGAGGAUUACGACGAGUCGUGGGAUGAAGAGCAGAUCCUGGCGCAUAGGAAGGAGCCGCCUCAGGACUCGGAUUCACCCGCGGAGGCAUCGUCCUCCCGCGGCGACACAGGCAGCAUAUCCUCCAGCCGGUCGCACAAACGCGGACAUGUAAGCACGAACUCGAAGGAGGUGAUUCGAUAUCCAGAGGCAGCAAUAUACCGCGGUGCGGUCGAGUGUCCGAUCUGCUUCUUGUACUACCCACCGAACAUUAACCAUUCGCGCUGUUGUGAUCAAGCCAUAUGCACCGAGUGCUUCGUGCAGAUCAAGCGCGCCGAGCCAAAUCCAACGCAUCUCGUCUCCGAGCCUGCGGCCUGUCCGUACUGCGUGCGAGAGAGCUUUGGCGUUGUCUACACACCGCCAUCCUGGCGCGCCGGGCUGGGUAGCGAGGGAGCGUCGCCCAAGCAGCCCGAAGCAAGUCCGACCGCCGCGAUGAAGCGGCCGCGCAAGAGCUUCGGUGCAGACAGCCCAGAGGUCGUCACGAUCGAUCAAAUUCGCCCGGACUGGGAGGCGAAGCUCGCGGCUGUACGUGCCGCGGUCGCGCGGCGUGCGAACCGGCGCAUCAUCAUGCGCCAGGUGGGCGAUCGGCUUGUUCCUGUCGGGAUCAGCAGUGGGCGCGUGCAUGCGCUCGCGCCGGAGGAGGGAGGACAAGCGGAGAAUGCUGAGGGUGCAGUAGAGCCAGGAGGUGGUCGCAGCCGGCGCUCGCGGAGAAGACAACAGAAUCAGGAUCUUAAUCAGUUGCUGGGUACGAUGGGCAUUGCGGGGCAGGAUCUCGAGGAGCUCAUGAUAAUGGAAGCAAUGCGGCUGUCGCUAGUCGAGCACGAGGAGCAGCAGCGGAAGCAGCGGGAGGAAGAAGAGAAGAAGAAACGCGAGCAAGGCGGUGAGGGUGCGCAGAGCCAGGCUGCUGGCUCUGCCUCUUCGCUGGCACCGCUCGACACGACCUCUGCCGCAGGACCAUCAUCCGCGCCUACCCUGGAGUCGGUCCCGUCGCAGACCAGCAUGCUUGCCUCGUCAACACCAAUAACUCCUGUUAGCGAGUCACCUACCACGCAGAGUCUACUUGCACCGGCCGCCGCCUCUGCCUCUGCUUCUGUCUCCGCUCCCACCUCCGUUCCUAUUGCACACAGCCCCGCCUCGUCGACCACUCCCGACGCUUCGCUGUCGCCUUCAACUCCUCCAGCCGCAGACGGUGACUCCUCGCGGCCGCACACGCCUCCAUCCGUGUCCGAACCAUCG